AUGCAACUGCCAACAAUCAUUCACUUUAUUUCAGUCCAUUCGUCUUUUUUGAAUCCAAGCGCCAACAACACCACACCCUAUCCAUCAUUUACUUCAGUCAUGAUUGAUGCUGCCAUUUAUUCAUUUACAGAUUUUUCAAAUUUUAGAGAUUCCAUGAUUUAUUUCACAACAAAUCGAAUGGAUGUUUGUUCCUAUGUUAGAAAUACAGGAAAUGACAUUGCUGUGGAUGGAAGUAAUGCUUGUGAAUACUUUUUUUGUGAUACCAAUGCAACGGUGGCUGAUCCUUUUUAUAGGAAAUUGGCUGAAAGUUCAGUAUUUGGAUUGGUGGAAAUGUUUUGCAAAUAUUGUGAUUUAGGAAAUGAUACAUUGAAAGCGAGAAUUUGGAAUGUUUCGACUUGUCCCUAUAUUCGAAGAACGUGUGAAGUGGCCAUGACACGUGACAGUUCGAUCGAUCAAUUCAGUUUGUGUGGAAGUGAAAAAAGUACUUGUUUACCAUUUCCUUAUUUUGAUGGAAAAUUAUUUGAUUUGGAUAAUCUUUAUUAUUGCUAUUGCGAAAAUGAAAAACGAUGGGGAAUUGAUUGCAAAGAUUUUUCUGUCAUUGAUGCUCGACUCUAUUUGGAUUGGACUGUUUUUACCAUUGCUUAUGGUAUUGAAGCCAUAAUUGCCAUUUUUGUCUUGUUACUUCCUGGAGUUUUACAAAUUUCCUUUUUAAAAUCAAUUCGAUAUUUAUUUUUGAGAUUUAACACAUACAUACGUACCUUGUGGACAGGUAAUGCAGAAAAUCCAAUGGGAUAUGCUGAUGAACAAAUCUACACUCCAUUUAAAUGGUUUUCUGUUCGACAUUUGAGACUUGUGGUCAUGAUUGUCAUUUCCAUUUCACUCUUCACAUACACUUUGGUGAGAAUUAUUUGUCACGCAGCAAAACCCUAUGACAUGUUCGCUGUGUUGGAUAUUUUCCUUUCGUUGUGUUUUUAUUUCAUGACGACUGGUUUUCUAUUAAUUGCCGUGUUGUGGAGUAAUAUUGCCUUAUCGGAUAAGAGAAAGGGAUCCACCGAUCAAUUAUUAAUGCCUCUACGAGUGAUCAUGUUUGUUGUGUUAGGUUUCAUGCUCUUGCUGGCCAUUGCCUAUGUCAUUGCUGAACGAUUACUUCGACUUGCGAGUGGAAUUGUGUUAAUUUUCUCAAUGGUGAUAUUUAUUGGAUUGAGUGUGUCCUUAUUUGUCUUUGGAUUGAAAUUGUAUUGGGACCUAUCGAGAAUUCGAAAGGAAGGAAUUUCGAUCACGUCCUUGCGAUUUACCAAAUUUAUGUUUGCGAGUCUUGUGGUCUUUGCAUUGACAUGUGUCUUUUUCUUGUUGGCCUCUCUGACCAAAGUUUCACACACGGGAAUUCUCUCCAAAUAUUAUGCAUUGUGGCAAAUGUUGUUUGUGGACUUUUUCAUGUUGUGUUUGCAUGCCUUGUUGAUUUAUAUUUUGUAUGAUCAUAAGGCAGCGAUGGAUUUGUAUGAAUUUGUGUAUUGGCCUUUCUGUUCGUGCUGUUCCAAAAAGAAGGCAGGUCAUUAA